AUGGCAGUCCGAAUUCGACUUAUUGAGGCUCACUUUAGCUCAGUCUCCACUGUGUUGGAUGAUCACCCUUGGCUUCUCGCUAGGGAUUUUAACGCCAUUGUCCACAGGCUGAUGUUCAAGGGCAUUAACGCUACUGAUCUGUUUUCAGAUUAUUCAUUUUCUAUAUUGGAUCCUUUUGCCACCCAUACUUCUAAGGGAAAGGAAGAUACUAUUGAUGAUAUUCAUCCUAUCUCUACAUCACAAGAAGAGUCCACUUUAUCAAAACCACAAGUAGUACCACAAGAAAAGCAAGAAAAAGAUAAAGAAGAUAAGGAAGUGAGCAAGCAAGUCUUACCCUUUCCUCACAGGGUAGCUAAGGCUGAGAGAAGGAGGAAGGAAGCUGACAUGUUUAAGGAGAUUUAUGACAUCUUCAAGAAGGUGGUGAUCAAUGUUCCAUUAGUUGACCUAGUUGCACAAGUGCUUAAGUGUGAAAAUUUUUUGAAAGAGUUAUGCACCAUAAAAAGAAGAUUCAAGAAUGAAGGAAAGGUUGACUUAGGCAUAGUUUUCUCUUCUCUCUAUCAAAUGCCAAUGCCAAUGAAGCAUAUAGAUUCUAGUAGUUUUCUCAUAAAGUGCACUAUUGCUGACAUUGCGUUUUUAGAUGCUCUAGCUAAUUUAGGAGCAGCUAUUAAUGUUAUGCCCAAAUUGGUCUUCUCUCAACUUCAAGGUGUGAAUCUCAAGCCCAUAAAAUUGUUUGCCUUCCUUACUGAUAGAUGUUGUGUAGUCCCAGAAGGAGUCUUAGAGGAUGUCUUGGUUAAGGUAAAAUAUCUCCUAUUCCUUGUAGACUCCUAUGUUCUUGAUAUGGAUGAUAGUAGAUUUAGGCAAAAGGGACAUUCAUUUUUGAUCUUAGAUUCUAAAUUGUUAAUUAACAUUGAUCAUGCGUUUGAUGUUGAGAAUUUUAAUUCUGAUACUAUUUUUGAGAUGAGUGCUACUAAUGGCACUAUUUUUAUGGAUUGUAAUGUAAUUCCUUAUUCUUCUACAUUCACUAUGUCUACUAAUGAUUCCCAAGUUGGGAAAUUCUCCUCUUCUAUUUGUGAGUCUUCAAUGGAAGUUUCUAGUUUGACUGACAUUGAUCUAAAUUUGCUUGUACUUUCAAGUGAGCAAGCUCCUUCCUUGGAGUUAAAACUACUUCCUGACUCACUAAAAUACAUUUAUUUGGGAGAAAGGGAGAAGCUGCCAAUGAUUGUGGCUAGUGAUAUUGCCAUUGAGGAGGAAACUCACCUCUUAGAGGUGCUUAAGCAAAGGAUGAAAGCUAUUGGAUAG